AGUUUCUUCUUGAUAUGUUCGAGUCAGACUGAGUUACAAGUACGUUACUCGCAACUCACCUAACUUUCUUGUGAUCCUUUGUCUAUAUAAAUCAAACUUUAUGCUUUCCAUAAUUCACAAUUUGCUCCCAAAUACUUAAUAAAAGUACACCUUUUCUUUUGUGUGAAAUAAUAAAUAAUAAUAAUCCUGGUAGAUGGUACAAAUAUUAAUGAAGAUUGGUUUAGUAACUAUGUUAAUGGUGAUUCUUAUUGCUUCCAUGUUUAUAGACAUUUCAAAUGCCGGCUCAGAGUUUUGUGACUCGAAAUGCGGUGUCCGGUGCUCAAAGGCAGGAUACAAAGAAAGGUGUUUGAAAUACUGUGGAAUAUGUUGUGAGGAUUGCCACUGUGUCCCUUCAGGAACCUAUGGAAAUAAGGAUGAAUGCCCUUGUUACAGAGAUAAAAAGAACUCUAAGGGCAACCCUAAGUGUCCUUAAACUCCAAGGCCAUCCCUUAAGGCCUAUUUAUAUAUAGCAUGUAUGUAUGUAUCACUCUAAACAUUCCACUUUUAUUUGUACUAUAUUAUACAAUUAUAUAAUAAUAAAUAAAUAAAUUAUCAAUCUCCAGGAUUUAUCUUUUGAAA